AAAUGUACUAUUUUAACAACUCUGUGCACGAUAAGAGUUCUCACACCUUCUUAUCUGAAGCUGAUAAGAGACGACACUUCAGGCUGGUCAGAAUGAUUUGCAUGUUUGUUUUUGGGUGAAGAAGAAAAGUUUGUCUUUAAGUAGCUGUUUAGUAAACAGAGGCUGAAAAGAACUGAGGAGACAUGGAGGCUGUGUUCAGACUGUUUGUGCUGCUGAUUGGAGUCUCUCACGUGUUCUCCCCAAUUUUCAGGUUUGGAAACCUUCUGUGAUGGCAGACAGGAUGGAGCUCGGUGUUAUGGAGCCCUGGGAGGAACUUUGGUCCUGAAACUGAUGGACGACGCCUCAGCGAUAUACAAAUACCAGUGGUUAAAUAAAACAAGAGGGAUACUUAGUGCAAGAAAGAACAAGAUCGUGCAUAAUAUGAUAGAAACCCGAUCGACGUUUACUCCCAAUAAUGGAAUAUUUCGGAUCAGUAACCUGAGUAUGACUGAUGCUGGUGAAUAUGCUCUUGAAAUCUUCGAUUCACAGGGAUACAAAGUAGUGCAUCAGACUCAACAAUUCACCAUUGAAGCGCCUGUGUCCUCUGUCCUGCUGGUCUCUGAGUGUCUGUCCCAGGGAGAGAUAAGGGCCUCAUGCUCCUCUGAGGGAGGGGACAGUCCUCAGUACAGCUGGACUCUGGAUGGACGAACACUGACGCACACUCAGCUCCUCUCUGGAAAUAAUGACACUAACAACAUCACUCUGAAACAAGACGUGUCAGGACGACUGGUCUGCUCAGUCAGGAAUCACAUCAGUGGGAUAUCUGCCUGUGGCUUCAUUUACAUCAACUGCACCUUACCUAAUGGGACGUACAUACCUCACUGGGCUAUCAAAGCCAUUAACAACAGGUGUAUUGAGCCAACAACAAGCCCAAACUGGAUUAAUACAGACGAUCAGUCCCUACUCCUAUAUGAUGUUCUAGCAGCCGUGGUCAUUCUUAUAUCCAUUGGGAUUGUCAUCUAUUUUGUUUGGAAGAAAAAUCAAUUUAAGACAGCUGAGGGCUCUGCAGUUCCUGAGAUGAUGGAAAAUCUAAAUACAUCUGUUCUGCAUCUGAACCGCCACCCUAAUGUCGACUCUUACCCUCUUUGACGGGCCACGAAGGUUACCAUGCUGCCAAAAUGGAGAGCUCGCAGAUUGUGAUGUAAAAAUCAUCAUAAAUGUAUAGAGUUAUAGUUCUACAAAUAAAAGACAGCUGCA